AGCAGAGGACCAGCAGCUAAAAUCGCUAUGAGGUGGACAGUGUUUUCAUCUCUGUGAUUGGAUAAACCCGUCCACCAGUCCGUCCUUCCAGGAUCUGAUGAGAGGACAGCAGGCACAGGAGACCGGAGACAGGAGACAUCACCUGCCAUGGCCAGUGCAGCUGAUGGUGUGGGACAUCUGGCUGCAGAGAACCACUUGAACGUCCCCGUCCCUGAUCCAGGAGCCUGGACCAUGAACAACCUGAGCAUAGGCCCUGUGAGUCUCAGUGGACAGCAGCUGGUCUCAGACUCUCUGUGUGUCCAGAGGUUCGAUCCCAUGCUGGGACUCAUCACACCCAUAAACCCCAUGAUGGCGGGAAUCAGCCUGGUCCCUCCCCCUCCUGUCCCCCCCGACGUCAAGGAGAUAAUUCACUGCACGAGCUGUACACUCUUCCCCCAGAACCCCAAUCUGCCUCCCCCGUCGACUCGUGAGCGCCCCCCCGGCUGCAGGACGGUGUUUGUCGGUGGUUUGCCGGAGAACAGCACGGAGGAAAUCAUCAGAGAAGUGUUUGAGCAGUGUGGAGAAAUCACCGCCAUCCGCAAGAGCAAGAAGAACUUCUGUCACAUCAGAUUCAACAACGAGUUCAUGGUGGACAAGGCCAUUUACCUGUCAGGCUAUCGGAUGCGUAUCGGCUCCAGCACGGACAAGAAGGACUCAGGGAGGAUCCACGUGGACUUCGCUCAGGCCAGAGACGACCUCUACGAGUGGGAGUGUAAACAACGGCUGCUGGCGAGGGAGGAGCGUCACCGCCGCCAGGUCCACGAGGACCAGCAGAGGGCGCCGUCUCCUCCUCCCAUCAUUCACUACUCUGAGCACGAGGCUGCGCUGUUAGCCGACAACCUCAAAGACGACCUUAAGUUCAGCGAGGCCACGUCGGUGCUGUUGACCUGGAUCGACCGCGGUGAAGUCAACCGCAGGACGGCCAAUCACUUCUACUCCAUGAUCCAGUCGACCAACAGUCACGUCCGCCGGCUGAUGAGCGAGAAAGCUCAGCACGACGAGGAGAUGGAGCGAGCGAGGGAGGCGUUCAGGAGCGCCCUGCUCACCGUGCUCGCUCAGUGUAAGUUCAGUCGCACCGUUGUCAUGGUAACUGUGACUCAUUCAGGUAAGACUCACCUCCAUACUCCACAAGAACUCAGUCAGUCCAAGGAAAAGCUCCUCAUGUUCCCGGAAGGUGUGAUACUGUGACUUCAAUAUCGUCAUGACGUCGUACUGUGACUUCAAUAUCGUCAUGACGUCGUACUCUGACUUCAAUAUCGUCAUGACGCC